AUGGAAGACUUCUCUAUGCUCAUAAAAUUCUGCCAGGAAAAUAUUUGCAAUGUUUCUAAACUCAAAGAAACAUGUAAAAAAGUCCAUGACAAAAAAUCCAUUUUUGGAAAUAACAAUGAUAAAAAUAAGAUAUUUGAUAUGUGUGAUAAGAUACUCAACGACCCCAAGUAUGAUAAUGAUAUAAUUUCUGAACCAUUAACAGAAAAACAAGAACAAUUCAUGGUACAUCUUGAAUUUCAAUUAUCCGAGCAAAUUGGAAAGGUCAGAGCGUACACGAUUAAUUUCGAAUCUUCUAAGAAAACCUUCUUGAAUAUGAAAAUGGAAGGAAUGGAAGGACUUGAAUAUCCAUUUGCUCGUAUCAUCGCAGCUGAAGGGUAUCCAAAUAUCGAAAUGACUACUGGUGAUGCAUUGAAUCGUACUUAUUUUAGGGAUUUUCUUAGAACAUAUUACGAUAUAGAUUAUGAUAAUACAGAAGGCAUUUCAUAUAACCAAUUAAAAACUAUCAUUAUAGCAACCAAAAUCGAAUGA